UACAAAGAACUACCAUGAUCGAAUUCCUCAACAAACAUACAUCUCCAGCCAUGGAGCCUCCUUCCUGGCUUGUAAUUGCCAUUACAUUUUUAAUUUCUCUCGCCUUUCUAUCAAAAAAUUUCACCAUCUUUUGGCACCGUCGCCAUGGACUAAAUCUUCCUCCAGGUCCCAAGCCAUGGCCUAUCAUUGGCAACCUUAACCUGAUUGGUCCCCUCCCUCACCAAUCCCUCCACAAACUAUCCCAACAAUAUGGAUCCUUAAUGCAACUCAAGUUCGGAUCCAUCCCCGUUGUCGUUGCAUCAUCUCCUGAAGUGACUAAGCUCUUCUUGAAGACAUUUGAUAAUUUCUUUGCCUCUAGACCCCAGACGGCCGCAGGCAAGUACACAACUUACAACUAUUCCAACAUCACUUGGUCACCAUACGGUCCACACUGGCGCCAAGGUGUGGAAGCAGCUAAGGACUUCAACGGUGUUGGAUUGUGAAGCUACCGAAACACCUAUAAUCGAUGCCUGUUUACAAUCUGGGACUUGCAGUUUCU